AUGUCUGCUAUUCAGAACUCGCCACGCUUGCAAGAGUCCCAGGACCAGCAGCAACAGCAGCUCUCGUUAAAAAUAAAACAGUUGAAGUUGAAAAGAAUCAACGAACUCAAUAACAAGCUCAGAAAAGAACUCAGCCGUGAAAGAAUUACUGCUUCAAACGCAUGUCUUACGAUAAUAAACUACACUUCAAAUACAAAAGAUUAUACUCUACCUGAUCUAUGGGGAUACCCUGCAGCGGGUUCGAAUCAUUUUAGAGAAGGUUUGAGAAUUGCUCAAAAAAAAAAUCAAAUGUCAAAUUCAAAUAAUGCUUGUUGUACGCUUAUGUAA